AUGGAGCGUUCGCUACUGGAGUGGAUAAGGAAGCUGUACUUCAGAGAUGCUGUGAUGCAAGAAACUGUCCUUUCUCACAACUUGUGCACAGUGUUAAAUGUUCCCCACGAUCCAGUGGCCUUGGAGGAGCACUUUAGGGACGAUGAUGAAGGACCAGUUUCCAAUCAGGGUUACAUGCCUUAUCUAAACAAAUUUAUCUUGGAAAAGGUUCAAGGAAACUUUGACAAAGUUGAAUUCAAUAGGAUGUGCUGGACUCUCUGUGCUAAAAAGAACCUCUCUAGAAGUCCUUUGCUGAUCAGUGAUGAAGAUGCAUUUAAAGUGUGGGUUAUUUUUAACUUCUUAUCAGAGGACAAAUACCCUUUAAUCAUUGUACCUGAGGAGAUUGAAUAUUUACUUAAAAAACUCACCGAAGCAAUGGGAGCAGGCUGGCAGCAAGAGCAGUUUGACCAUUAUAAGAUCGCUCUGAACACCAGUCGAGAAGGUCUUUCUGCAUGGGAGCUGAUUGAUCUCAUUGGAAGUGGGCAAUUUAGUAAAGGGAUGGACCGACAGACAGUGUCCAUGGCAAUCAAUGAAGUCUUUAAUGAGCUCAUAUUAGAUGUACUCAAACAGGGCUAUAUGUUGAAAAAAGGUCAUAAAAGGAAAAAUUGGACGGAACGAUGGUUUGUGCUAAAACCCAAUAUUAUUUCCUACUAUGUAAGUGAAGAUUUAAAGGACAAGAAGGGAGACAUCCUACUAGAUGGCAACUGUUGUGUAGAGGCCUUGCCUGACAAAGAUGGAAAGAAAUGCCUUUUUCUCAUAAAAUGUCUUGAUAAAAGCUUUGAGAUCAGUGCCUCUGAUAAAAAGAAGAAGCAGGAGUGGAUUCAAGCCAUACAGACCACUGUAAACCUGUUGAGAGCAGGGAGCCCUCCACCCCACAAAGAAGCACGCCAAAAACGAAAAGAAUUGCGCCAGAAGCUGUUGGCUGAGCAAGAAGAGCUGGAGCGGCAGAUGAAAGAACUGCAAACGGCUAAUGAGAACAAGCAGAAGGAACUGGAGACUGUGCGAAAGCAACUGGAAGCAGCAGCUGCUCGUGCUGCUGAGGAAGAGAAGAAAAGACUUCAGACUCAAGUCGAAUUACAAGAUCGCUUCAGUUUGGAGCUGGAGAGAGAAAAAAUGGUAAGACAAAAAAUGGAAGAGCAGGUUGCUCAGAAAUCAUCUGAACUGGAACAGUAUUUACAGAGAGUACGUGAACUGGAAGAAAUGUAUAAGCAGCUACAGGAAGCUUUGGAGGAUGAGAAACAGGCACGUCAAGAUGAAGAGACUGUAAGAAAACUUCAAGCCAGACUACUGGAAGAGGAGUCCGCAAAGAGAGCUGAACUGGAAAAAUGGCACCUGCAGCAGCAACAGACCAUUCAGAUGACAGAAGCAGAGAAGCAAGAGCUAGAAAACCAGAGAAUGAUAAAGGAACAGGCUCUUCAAGUUGCUAUGCAGCAACUGGAACAACUUGAACUGGAAAGGAAGGAGGCCCUUGAGCAAUAUGAGGAGGUUAAGAAGAAGUUGGAAACAGCAGCUAAUAACACCAAGAGCUGGAAAGAUAAAGUAGCUCAUCAUGAGGGAUUAAUUCGACUAAUAGAGCCAGGCUCCAAGAAUCCUCACUUAAUCACCAACUGGGGCCCGGCUGCGUUCACUGAAGCUGAACUCGAGCAAAGACAAAAGAGCUGGAAAGGGAAAAAAAACACUUCUGAGUAACGAUGGUAGCUGAUGUAUCGUUCAUGAACAGAAGCCCACCUUUGUUCGUUCUGCUUUGCAUAGAGCAGCUUCUUGCUUAUAAAGAUCUUAGUUUGCUCAGCAGGUUGGGCCCUUCUACAAAGGAAAUACUGUUUACCACAUAGGAGUGUCUACUCAGAGCUCAGUAACUAUAAUAUGUGGUGUCUGACAGUACUUGCUGUUUUCCCUCACAUUUCUAGAAACUGUUCUUUUAUACAAAACUUCUCAACUGAAGAUGUUUAUUUAAAUGUAGCUUGUGACAGAUUUGUAUCUAUACUAGCCUGUAACCAUCUGACAGCAUCUAACCAAUCAAGCAGUGUGACCUUCAUUCCAAAAAGUUAGGGAAGCAAUUGUUUCAUUGGUUCAGUUAGUUUAAUUUAAACCCAGGCUAAAUCAGUCCUGGAGGUUCUGUCCAACUCUGAGACUGAGCAUUACCUUUCCUUCCAUUGUGUCUCCUUUUAUUUUUCCCUGUCCAUCUGUUGCUCUUCGCAUGGUGCUUAGUGCUUUACCCUUAGUGAGGGUAGACUGGCAUCACUGGGCACCUGCUGGCUGGUUGGAUUUUGUGUCCUGUUUUCCUCUGUUUGCAGGAAUCCAGACAAAAGAACUGGAAAUAGAUAUGUACAAAAUGCUGCUGUAAAACAUUUGGAAAAAAUAGUCAUGCAAGAUUGUUCUUGUACUGUCUCGUACUUGAGAAGCACUAAAAAAAACUCUUGAGAGUUCUCUUCAUAGUUUAAAAGAUGCACAGUUUUGACUUACAGAUUUCUGGAGCAGAUGAAUGGAAGAUGGAUGAUAGCGCGUACAGGCCAAAUGCCAUCUGCAUCAAGGCUAUGUUUGUGCAAGAAAUCUGAUUAUAACAUACCACCAUUUUAGAUGCAGCACUUUUGUCUUAUUCUUAAUUGGAGGCCAGAUUUAAAA